AAAAUUAAAAACAAAAAAUAUACAAGACCAUCGUCUUUUUUUAUUUUUUAUUUUUUUGUUGUUGUCAAGCAUACAAAACCAUCGUCAUGUUUAGGAUUUUCUCGGGAAAGUGAUAAGGAAAAAAACAUGGGGAGAGCGUUCGUGUAUGUAAUUCUAGGUGGAGGUGUUGCUGCUGGUUAUGCAGCUCUCGAAUUCACGCGUAGAGGUGUCUCCGAUGGCGAACUCUGUAUCAUUUCCGAAGAACCCGUUGCACCGUAUGAGAGGCCAGCCUUAAGCAAAGGUUUUCUGCUGCCAGAAGCUCCUGCACGGCUUCCUUCUUUCCACACUUGUGUUGGUGCUAAUGAUGAGAAGCUCACCCCGAAAUGGUACAAGGAUCAUGGAAUUGAAUUGGUUCUUGGAACUCUUGUUAAGUCAGUUGAUGUGAGGAGGAAGACUCUUUUAUCUAGCACUGGGGAGACUAUAAGUUACAAAUUCUUGAUCAUUGCAACUGGUGCCCGGGCGUUGAAGCUCGAAGAAUUUGGGGUGGAAGGCUCAGAUGCUGAAAAUGUUUGUUACUUACGAGAUCUGGCCGAUGCAAACAGGCUUGCCACUGUGAUUCAAUCAAGCUCCAACGGGAAUGCUGUUGUUAUCGGUGGUGGCUACAUCGGCAUGGAGUGUGCUGCAUCUUUGGUGAUCAACAAAAUCAAUGUGACGAUGGUUUUCCCAGAGGCUCACUGCAUGGCACGUCUCUUUACGCCCAAGAUUGCAAGUUUGUAUGAAGACUACUACAGAGCUAAAGGCGUGAAAUUCAUAAAAGGAACGGUUUUAACAUCAUUUGAGUUUGACUCGAAUGGAAAGGUCACUGCGGUCAAUCUCAAAGAUGGGAACCAAUUACCAGCAGAUUUGGUUGUGGUUGGAAUCGGGAUACGACCAAACACAAGCUUGUUUGAAGGACAGUUAACAAUAGAGAAAGGAGGGAUAAAAGUGAACAGCAAAAUGCAGUCAAGUGACAGCUCAGUGUAUGCAAUAGGCGAUGUAGCUACAUUUCCAGUGAAACUAUUUGGCGAAAUGAGGAGGCUUGAGCACGUGGACUCAGCUAGGAAAUCAGCGCGACACGCAGUUUCAGCCAUCAUGGAUCCAGUCAAGACCGGAGAAUUUGACUAUUUGCCAUUCUUCUACUCAAGGGUCUUCGCCUUCUCAUGGCAGUUCUAUGGAGACCCUACAGGUGAUGUUGUGCACUUUGGAGAUUAUGAAGACGGGAAAUCGUUUGGAGCGUAUUGGGUUAAAAAGGGUCACCUUGUUGGAUCUUUUCUUGAAGGAGGGACUAAAGAAGAAUAUGAAAUCAUCUCAAAGGCGACACAAUUGAAACCAGCUGUGACUAUUGAUUCGGAAGAAUUGGAAAAAGAAGGACUCGGGUUUGCUCAGACCGUAGUGAGUCAGCAUAAAGUUCCUGAAGUUAAAGAUAUUAAGAGCUCUGAGAUGGUGAGGCAAUCUUCAAGCGUGGUGAUGAUGAAGAAGCCUUUGUACGUAUGGCAUGCUGCUACUGGAGUCGUUGUGGCUGCAUCUGUAGCUGCGUUUGCGUUUUGGUAUGGGAGGAGACGCCGUAGAUGGUGAGAAAGCCACCCACUUCAAGUGAUUUUGAAAUGUGGGGUGUUGGAUUCAUUGGAAAUGGAACUUGUUUGUUGUUUGUAGCAUUGGUGGGAAAAAAAUAUAGAAGGGAGAGUCCAAACUACUCGAUGUGAUUACACAACAUUGGUAUACGAUUAUUAUAUGCUUCUUUUUAAUGCAUAAAUGUUUUCCACUACAA